CUCUUCUCAGGGGGCCCUCGGGCAAAGAAAAGAAAAAAAAAAUCAGAAGAAAAGAGGAAGGACGGAGGCAUCUCCUCCCCCCUCCUCUCUCCCCCUUCUCCUCUUCGCAGCCAAUAGCCGAAAGAGCUGCACCAUCCUCACUUCCAUAUAUAAGUGCGGAGAGGGGGACCCGACUGUUCACAUGAAGGGAGAAUAGGUGUCAACACUUUGGGAAAAGACACAGAGCAUCACAUCGGACCCUACCCUCCUCCCUUUUCUCUCACUCCCUUUCUCCAAAUUCUAGCAACCCCCCCUCCUCUUCUUUCCAGACAAAGGCCCCCCACCCCCCUAAACUGCUUAUCCAUCCCUUCCCCAUACCGAUUUUUGGGAACCUUUUUUUUCUACCUAUUUUUGAGCCACCUUUGGAUUCUUUUCUCAGUUUCCAUAUAAUAUAUCAAUUUUUAUAUUUUUUAUUUUUUUGUCAAGCUGAGGAAUCUUUUUGGUACCAUUUGAUUAUUAUCACCUUUUUUUUUUUUUCUUUUUUACGAACGUUCCCUGUCUCGAUCCCGUGACGGCCGCCGGGAAGGGGCAAGGGAGCGGCGGGGUGGGCAGGCGCACCUCGGACGCCAGGACGCUGAGGAAGGGAUCCCGAAGGCAAGAGAGGCGCAACCGAAAAUCCACAGCAUCCAACCUACGUUCCCUCAGCAUGGUGACUGGCUUUUGGAAGGAAUCAGAGCAGUUCAUGUGACCACUUUACCAAUCGGAAAUACUAUGAUCCAUCCUGGUGAACUUACACUUUAAGGAUGAAUUUCUCACUAGCGGCUGCAGAUACAGAGCAGAUAAUCAGCACCAUGGAAACACAGGCCAGUAAUGGUCCCGGCAGCGUGGGCAUCCUGAACGGCACAAAUGGGGCCGCAGAUGACAGCAAAACCAACCUAAUCGUCAACUAUCUUCCACAAAACAUGACACAGGAGGAAUUCAAGAGCCUCUUUGGCAGUAUUGGAGAAAUUGAAUCUUGCAAGCUGGUCAGAGACAAAAUUACAGUGGGGAAGCAAGGGAAAAACAAAGACUGCCGCUUACCAAUGAACCCACAUACAGCCGGAGUCGCAACACCGCCAACGUUCCCUUACAUCGGAGGUGGGGGACAGUUACAAGUGGAAGAUAAAGGUCAGAGCUUAGGAUAUGGAUUUGUAAAUUACGUGGAUCCCAAUGAUGCAGAUAAGGCCAUUAAUACCCUCAACGGGCUAAAGCUACAGACUAAGACCAUCAAGGUAUCCUAUGCGCGGCCAAGCUCUGCCUCCAUACGCGAUGCCAAUCUCUAUGUGAGCAGCCUUCCAAAAACUAUGAAUCAGAAGGAGAUGGAGCAGCUUUUCUCACAGUAUGGCAGAAUUAUCACCUCUCGUAUCUUGGUCGACCAAGUCACAGGGGUCUCGCGGGGAGUGGGCUUCAUCCGGUUUGAUAAGAGGAUAGAGGCCGAGGAAGCAAUCAAGGGGUUGAAUGGGCAAAAACCACUGGGAGCUAGUGAACCAAUCACAGUGAAAUUUGCCAACAACCCCAGCCAGAAAACAGGUCAGGCCCUGCUUACCCACCUUUAUCAGACCACAGCCCGGAGGUACACAGGACCUCUUCACCACCAGACACAGAGAUUCAGGCUGGACUCUUUAAUAAACAUGGCGCAUGGAGUCAAGAGUCCGCUCUCUUUCCUUCCCAGGUUCUCUCCUAUCACCAUUGACAGUGUUACCAACCUCGCCGGAGUCAGCUUGACUGGUCCCACUUCCGCGGGCUGGUGUAUCUUCGUCUACAACCUCUCUCCAGAGGCCGAUGAGAGUGUCCUGUGGCAACUGUUUGGGCCAUUCGGAGCAGUGACAAAUGUGAAAGUAAUUCGGGACUUUACCACCAACAAGUGCAAAGGCUUUGGAUUCGUCACCAUGACAAACUACGAUGAAGCAGCCAUGGCUAUUGCCAGCCUGAACGGAUACCGGCUUGGAGAUAGGGUCUUGCAAGUGUCAUUCAAGACCAGUAAACAGCACAAAGCAUGAAAGGGAGCACAUUGAGUGGAGGGAGCGAGAGAUAGAAAUGGGGGAAGAGGUGCAAGAGAGGGGGCAUGAAAAAGGGAGAGAGAAGGCAAAAAUCUGUGGAACUUUAUACUUUUUACCACCCUUAAGGUUGGACACAUGGGAAAACAAGCCCAAUAACUGAUGGGCUUUAGAAUAAAGGAAGGGCUAAGCAAUAUGCUAAUUCUAAAGCUGGUUAAAAAAUGUUAACCCAAGCAUCUCAAGUUCUGGUGUAAUCGGUUUGUAGUAUGGCAAUGCUAGAGCAAAAAAAUGGCACUUCUGUUCGUGUUGGGAUUUCGAUGCCACUGGGGUUUAAAUAAGUAUGUGCAGGUCUGAGUAGAUUUUGUCUGUCAAAUAUGAACACAAGAGAACAUUAAAUCACUUUUAGAAGGUUCAGAACCAAAAAGGAAUCAGAAACUAAUGACUGGGCAGAUGCUUAGAAUCUUAAGCAUAGUUAGAAGGUACUGAGAUGUGUAACCAGAGCACUUCCGAGGAAAACCAUGAGCUCUGUGGCUGGUAUGGGAGGUUUAGAGCCUGAAAACUCUAUGGUUAAGAGUGCCUCUCUCACUUUGGCCAUGAACUAGUUUGGUUUCCCUCUGCAACAAGGCUUUGCACCUUUCACUGCCUCUAUCUCUACUCCAUGUUUUUACCACUCAACAUCCUUCCUUCUAAAGAGUAAUAAACGAAGAAAUGAGACGGGCGCAGAAACAAGAGAGAAAAAAAUAUCUAUUUUUAUAAAAAAGGAAAAAAAACAAAUCCCGUGAACAUUUUAAGCCUUUCACACUUGUCCCAAAACACAAGAGUCCGUUGACAAAUAUACACGCACAAAAUAGUGCUCAAGUCACAAUCGGAUUUAAUCUUCUUUUUUUUUUUAAUUCCUUUUUGUGACUGUCAAUUCCAUAAGGAAUUAAAAUGAACCAGCAAAAAAUAACUCCCUAAAAAAAGAAAAAAAAGAAAAAACAAAAAAAAUAUAUAUAAAGACAUAAAUAUGCAUCAUGUUGCUAUAUAUGUACAUAAUUCAUGUUUUGAGCAUAUUAUAUAUUAUCUUUAUAAGUAAUUACCCCCAAGUAAUAAUAUUUGAAUAAAAUAUUUAUUUGUUAAGGGAUUCCUAAGUUUUGGGACUUGUUAAAAGCCUUUUCAUUCUGAGACUUUAUAUAUUUUACACAUUGGCCCCUGGUUUGGUAAUUAAAAUCAUUCACACCCCCACUCAUAAAGGGGAAUCCAAAUUUUUGUGUAUUUUUAUUAAAUAUUAAUAGUGAAUAUUGUGCCAGGUUUGGGUUAAAAAAAAUUAGAGCAGAUGAAAAUUAGAGCUACAGCCCCACUUAUUCAGAACAAAUUUACAUUUUCUGCAUUCUGACAGAGAAAAUAUAUAUAUAUAUUUUUAAGAUUUUUAUUUUUCUCUGAAAUGAGAAAAGUAUGUUAAAAAAAAAAUACAAUUUUAAUGUGGGAUUUAAGAUUUAGGAAACAAAUCCCUGAGAUAAAUAAGUGGACCGGCUCCUGGUGUGUCGUGAGCAAUCAAGUACCUUUGGAGAAGUUUUCAAAUAUUAUAAAUAUUAAAAGAGAAGUCAAAUGUGUCCCUGGUACAUAUUAAAUCUAAGAUUUAUAUCAUUCUACAUCUCGAGUCCUUUUUUUUUUGUUAGAACAAAUAUUUUUUAUCUGUUGGACAAAAAGGAAAGCACUAUCUCUGGCAAAGGACUAUAGCACAAAGGGUUUUUUUUCUGGCAAAACUACUCUGUUCAUGGCCGUUUUUUUUAAGAGGCUAAAUAAAUAUUUUAAAAAGUUGGUUUUUGCCAAGUAACCUAUAGCCAUAGUUUCAGUUUCCCUACCAGACAGCCUUGAGCCGGCUCUUCUCUGUGGUAAACAAAUGUUAAAGUACACUUGAUACACAUACUAAUAAAAAAAAAAAAUAAUUGGAAAGUGGGACUGCAGCCUUAAUUUAUAGCAAAUAUUCAUAAUAUAUAAGUUGAACUUAGCUUGGCAUCGAAUCAUUGUGUAGCAAAAUAAUAGCUAGAAGAAAAAUUUGGUUGUUCAUUAGUUAAGUUAGCGUCUGUUCUCUAAAUCGUUUUUUCGUUUAUUUUUAGGUUAACGCCCCAGUGGAUGUGUUUUAAUAUUAUUUAAUUGCUUUUUGUGUUUAUUUUCUAAUAAAUAAAAUAACGUAGUCGGGAUAAGGUGGAGAGCAACAUCUCUUACCAAAAAAAAAAUCCCCAAAUUUUAGUUAGUUAUUUGUUACUAGGUUAUGUGUGGUUUAUUUGACUGUGUUUAGUAGAAUGUUGUAGGAUCUCUCAAAUUAAACAUAAAAGAGUCAACAGAGGUAAAAAAAAGAAAAUGGACAUUUAUGUAAAGAAAAAAAGCGAACAAAAAUCUUAAAAAAAAAACACCUGGCGAGAUCUUUUGAACUGUUGUUUUAACUUAUUUCAAAGUAUUUAUUCUUUAUUUGUGUGGGUAUAAAUAUGUGCAUAUUUAUGUUUGUUCAGAGCCUAAGCAAACAAAGUUUCUUUUUUUUAUUCUUUUUUCUUUUUUUUUUU